AUGUCUUGGCUGUUGAAGUCUCUCCAAUCAGACGUUCCACGUUCGCCCACGUCUUCACCAGAUCACAGUCCCACCAACCAGAACGGUGGCGUCAAGGACGAUCUUUCGCGCCUCCUCCUUCCGUCACCGCCUCCGAGCGAGGAGCAGAAGAAGAAGAAACUUUGGUCUUCAGAUAAUCUAGAGGGGAUCCGCAACGAUUUGGCGGAGAUCGGUGGCAGCUUCAAGAGCGGGAUUUCAUUGUUGUCAAGUAACAAAGCCGUGUCGGAGAUCUCCAAAUUUGCUUCGAGUUUCUUGCAGUUCCCGGAUCAAGAUGAUCGUGGUGGACACGACAAAGAUGAAGAUGAUGAUCAUGACGAUGACGGAGUGCCUGGGAUUACCGAUGAGGUGAUUGAAUUUGUUAAGAAAAUAUCCAACCGGCCAGAGCUCUGGACUGAUUUUCCACUCACACUAUAUAACGAUUUCAAAAUGUCUGAGAGUCAGAGAGAACAUGCUGAAAAUAUUGAACACCUGGUCCCAAAUUUUGAAGCUCUUAAGUUUAGCCUUCAGAAUAACUUGGGAGAGGAAAGGUUUUGGAUUAUAUAUUUCAUACUGUUGCUUCCAAGACUGAAUGAGCAUGAUUUUGAGCUUCUUUCAACCCCGGAGGUUGUUGAAACCAGAGAUGCACUUCUACAGAAGCUGCAAAACAAUAAGAAUGCACAAACUGAAAACAGUAGUCUUGAUGCAUCUGAGGAGGGUGGCAAGUUCGGUGAGACAAUACAGGAGAAUGGCUCGUCUGAGGAGAGGGUCAGUGAAAUUGUAAAUGUAGCAGAAGGAUUAGAGAUUACCUCAGGUGAAGACAGCGCUGUGCAAUGGGUGGAAGAAGCAGAUAUUUCCAGUGGAAGUCCCGUGAGAGUCGUGCAUAACCUGGAAAAUGAGGAGGAUGUUUCGUUCAGUGAUCUGGAAGACGAUGAUAAUUAUCUUUCUAAUAGAGUAUCCGUGCCUAAGUCAAAACAGCAUGACAAAGCUCCUUCAUCCAGCGGAUCCAAUGACUGGGUUCAGCUGAACAAGAGACCAGAAACUCGAGAUUUGCAUAAAGCAGGCCAGUCGAAUUUUCAAGAUAAAUAUUCUGAAGGCGAGGAGUCAAAUGAAUGGCUCACCGACGAUGAUUUCGUCAAUGUGGCAAGGGCUAAAUGAUUAUUGAUUUAUUGUAAAGUUUCACAAAUCCUUCUCCACCUCUAGAAAUCAUGUACUUGUGG